AGUUAAAUUUGUAGGCACCGGCAACUUUCAAAUUUCCUCACUCCACGCGCCUUUUGGCUGUUCAAAUAUCCACUACCUACUAUAAAUACCACUCCCUGUCUCUGGCUCCCUCAAAACUCCUACAAACCCAGAACAUACACGAUCCCAAUUCUCUCACUUCAGUUCAAGGAAAAAAUGGUUGAUUUAGAUUGCAAGGCAAAGAUAGUCCCAACCGACGUGCCUAACAAAUCCCAAAAACUCUCCAACAAACUUCAAGUUUCGGUCCCCUCCACCUUUCGUGCCGCCCAAAUAUCCGAGGCUCCGGCUGUUGCUUGCUCCGCUUACGACAACUAUCUUCGCCUCCCGGAGCUUCGGAAGCUGUGGAGCUCCAAUGAGUUUCCCAGUUGGAAAAAUGAGUCCGUUUUAAAACCGGCUUUACAUGCUUUAGAGAUUUCAUUUCGGUUCCUCUCGACGGUCUUGUCGGAUCAGCGGCCGUACGCCAACGGGCGCGAGUGGAGGCGAAGGCUAGAGUCUCUCACGACGAGUCAGAUAGAGAUCAUUGCUAAUAUCUGCGAGGACGACGAAGAAGACCGUGCGACACGAGGAACGGCUCCCAUCGUAGAUCUGAGGUCAUCGAACGGUGUCCUGGCUCGCGAUGGUAGCUAUGCCGAGGUAUGGAAGAUGGCAGGCGACACUACCGUUGUGAGCCGCACCAGCGAGUCUAGCUUGCUUCCUAGGCUUGCCACGUGGCAUAAAUCGGAGGAUAUCGCGCAGAAGAUCCUCUACUCCAUCGAGUGCGAGAUGCGGAGGUGUCCGUACACUCUUGGCUUGGGAGAGCCGAACCUUGCCGGUAAACCAAACCUCGAGUACGACCUGGUGUGCAAGCCGAGCGAGCUUCACUCCCUGAAGAAGAGUCCGUACGAUCACAUCGACAACUACGAGAACCAGACGCUGUACUCCACGCAACAAAUUCUAGAGUCGUGGAUCUAUGUGUCGCAACAGCUUUUGAAACGAAUCACAGAGCAAGUCGAGAACAAAGAUUUCGUAAGAGCUGCGAGCGAUUGUUAUUUGAUCGAACGGAUCUGGAAGCUUCUGACCGAGAUCGAGGAUCUCCACCUCUUGAUGGACCCAGACGAUUUUCUCAGGCUCAAGAAUCAGCUUUGCAUUAAGUCGAUGAACGAAGCGGGACCUUUUUGCUUCAGAUCAAAGGGUCUCGUGGAGAUCACGAGGUAUUGCAGGGAUCUGAAGCAUAAGGUGCCAUGCAUACUAGGCGUUGAGGUGGACCCCAUGGGUGGGCCCAGGGUCCAGGAGGCGGCCAUGAAGCUCUACAGAGAGAAGAAAGAGUCGGAGAAAAUUCACCUGCUUCAGGCUUUGCAGGCAAUCGAGUCGGCCAUGAAGAGGUUCUUCUACGCGUUCAGGCAAUUGCUGGUGGUUGUGACGGGGAGCUUGGAUGCGAACGCGAACCAAGUCGUCUUGAGUUCAGACUCGGGCGACUCACUGAGUCAUAUCUUCCUUGAGCCAACCUGUUUCCCGAGUUUGGAUGCGGCAAAGACGUAUUUGGGGAAUUUUUGGAACCAUGAACAGGGUGGGAUGCGGCUUGGGUAAAUUGACUCGGAAGACUCCAGCCGAGUCUUUAUUCGGUUCGAGUCGAGUUGCAAACUCGUGUUCCUCAGCGGAGUUGAGGAAAUCCAGCCAUUAGUGUUAGGUUUACACACUUUGGAAGAUUUUUUGUACCGUUAUACUUCUUUCUCUUGCUGAAUUUAUGUACCGUUAGUUCAUGAUUUGUAUAUACAAAAGGUUGACGUUCGUUAAAA